AUGACGGUGCGAAGGGCGUCGAUGACGCCACCGCAGGCGUUGAGGAUGUCGUUGAUGUCGCCGAAACCGCCGACGACGGUGAGAGUGGCGUCGUCGUCGACGAUGGAUGUGGACGCGCGCGCGCUCGUCGUCGCCGGGGGAAUGAACGCAAAAGCCGUCGAGUUCGAGGUGGAGCAACUUCGCGCCAAGGUGACGGCGAUCCAGCGCGAUCUUGAGGCGAUGGCGAUCGAGAAACAAACGUGGCUGAACGAGCGCGUGCGCAUGGGUGCGAUGAUUUCUGCCACGGAGGAAGACCUCAAGACGACUGAAGCGCGAAUGUCGAAGACGGAGAGCCGUUUGAUGGCGAUGACGAAGCAACGCGACGAGGCGCUGGACGAGACUGAACGCUUGCAAGAAGCACUCGCGAACGCGAGGCGCGAGCACGAGUCGGCGCUGAAGGCAGCUGGCGAAGAGUAUGCAUCAGAGUCGACCAAGCUAGAGUUUUCCGUGCGGGAUUACUCGAUUAAAAUUGAGCGCUUGGAGAUGUCACUGCAAGAGACGGAGACGAAGAUUCACGCCGACGAGUCGACCAUACAGAACUUGGAGGCGAGUCUGGCGGCGUCUGCAACGGAUUUGAGAGAUGCGAACGCCAAACUUGAAAAUUAUCAAGUCGCACAGGCCACGAUGGAGGGCGAAGCGGAAAAUUUCAAGCUCGAAAUCGCGCGUCUCAGCGAGGCGUUGGCGACGAGCGAGGAGAAAAUCGUCGCCGCCGUGGCGGAGUUCCAAGCCCAACAGACGAAGCAAAACGAAAAAUCGAGCCAGUUUGAGAUUUUAGAGAGCGAGAACGCAAGAUUGAAAGAAGAUAUCGUUCGUCUGAACGAGACCGUGACGAUGACGAAUAGUACGAUGUUGCAGAAGGAUGCAGCAAUCGACGCUGCGCAGGCAGAGACAGAACGCGCGCGCGUCGAGCGAGGCGAAGUCGCGGACGAGGUUAUAAAGUUGCGCGCUGAAAUCAUCGCGCGAGAGAGCGUGAUCGAGAACGAAAAGAGGAUAAAAGAAGAAACUAUCGUUGCUCUCGAGGACACUCGCGCGGCGUUGCAAACGAAGACUUCCGAAUGUCGAAACUUUGAAACUGAGCUGGAAUCGUUGAAGGUUGAAAUGUCCACGCUUCGCAUCAAACUCGAAAAGGAGAGCAAAAAGGCGAUGACGACGGAGGAAAAGUCGGAGUCAGCGAAGGAAGCCUUCGCCGCGCGUUUGGCUGCGGCGGCUGAGAAACAAGCAGGAUUCCAAGGAAGAAUGCUCGAAAUGAAAUCAAGUCUCGAGGCGGAAAAGAAAAAGCUCGAAGCGCAAGCGCGCGCUGAAAUCGAGAGCGGCACCGCGGAGUUGAAGAGUCUUCGGCAAAAGUUGGCCGAGAAAGAAGCCGCGUACGAAGCCGUCUCUCAGAACGCAAUUCUUUUCGAGGAAAAGCUUGAAGUCACUCUCGAACAACUGAGCGAAGCGAAGAGCGCGCUGUCGGAUUUGAAGAGUAAGCUCGCCGAGAAGGAAUUUUCCAAUGUCGAGUUCUCUCACCUGAACGAAGAGCUUCAAGCCGCGAACGCUAAACUAAAACUCAUGGAGGUCGAACGUUCAGAGCACGUUUUAGAACUUAAGAGUGCGAGAGAAGAAGUUUUGUCGUUAGAAGGGAAAGUAGCGGGCUUGGAAACCGCCGCAGAUUUGGCCGGAUCGGAGACAGAAGAGCUGAGAAAAAAGCUGCACGUCGCUGAGCAAGAAAUUUCAUCGAUGGCGGAUGAGCACGAACUUGAAUCUUCCAUGGCGGCAAAGGCUAACAUGAUCGCCAAUUCGCAAGUCACAAAGUUGGAAAAGCAAGUUGGCUUUUUGAACAAGGAGAUUGAAAUUUUGCGAGAGAAACAUGCGUCCUCUGCGAAGGUUGAGCGCGACCGCGACUCGUCGUCCGCCGUCGUCGCUGAAUUGCAUAGAAAGUUAGAGGCGGCUGAAAGUCGAAUAGUCGAACUCGCCAAGGAACUGGGAGAGUGGAAGGCGAGCGCAGAGGAGAGUAAGAAGUCACUGGACGAAAGCGAGCGGCGUUUGAAGGCUGAAUGCGAAGUGCGAGUCACGGUGGAGACUGAACUCGAAGAAGUGCGACGUCAAUUUGCCGCGGCGGAAUCUCGAGUGUACGAAGUGAAUACCGAACUGCUUUUGCUGAACAAAGAGUUGGAAAAGGAAAAAGUCGCUUCGAAAACGCAUUCAAAGACGGAUGCAGGCGAGUUGAGGGAAGCCAAGGCUUCGCGCGAUGCGGCGUUGGCGAAAGUGAAAGACUUGACCAUAGACUUGACGAAAGUCACCGCCGAGCGAGAUUUGCUCCAGCAGUCAAUCACGAGCAUGGAGAAACGUUUAGAACUUGAACGCUUGGCGUUUGCCGCGCAAGUGAAGAAUGCUGUGAAAGAUGCGGUGCAGUCGAAGGAUAAAGAGAUGUUGGUGAUUCGUAAAGAGCUUGAUACUAUUCGACAAAUGUCUGCGAGCGGCGAUCACGCCAGCGAGGCGUUGAGCAAAGCGCUGGACGAUAAACAACACGAGUUAUCACAAGCUCGAGAAUCAAUUUCCGAGCUUCGAGCCAACUAUACGAGCUUGCAGCAUCAAUUAGAGCACGCGAACGAGUUGCUCGCCACCGCUAGACGUGACGCGUCGAUGACGCAGGAGGGCGACUACGACGAAUUACGCAAAGUACGCGCUGAGCGAGACGAAGCGAAGAGCACGAUGCGCGACUUAGAGUCGCAACUCUCCGAUGCCGUCGCGGCGAAAGUUUGGCUGGAAAAACACUCCGCCGCGACGGAAGCUGAAUUGAAAGCGUCCAAGGAAGCCCUGGCGGCGGCGAAUAAGAUGAGCGAACACGCUCGGACGCAGCUCGCUCGCUAUCAAAAUAACAGCCCUUCAUUGAUUUCACCGAAGAAGAGCAGAUCGUUUGGGUCGCCACUCAUGCAAACGCAGUUGGCGUCUCCGUUAAAAUGGUUCUCUCGACAAACGAACAGAACGGUGGCGCGCACGCCGCCAAACAACUUGUUCAAUAAGUUCACCUUGGCGACGCCGACGGCACCGACGCGAACGCCAGGUGGUUCGUGGCGCGUGCCUUCGCGUCCAGAGACACUCAACGAAGCCGUACAAAUGCUCGUCACGUUUUUCAUCAUCGUUUCGGUCGUCUUGCUGUUCCUCACCCUCACCGCGAUGUUCGCCCCGAACGAAACGCUCAGACGCAUUUCAGUCUUACCGCCGAGUGAUUCGACGUCGUGCGGCGUGCUCUAUCGCUUCAACGAUUUACUCCUCGAAAUCGGACACGGACUGAUCCGUCGCGAGUAUCGUUCGCUUUGCGCCGGGCACCCUCCGAGUUAG